AUGGCAAACCAAAUAACGGAAGCCUCUCUGAGGGCAGUCCUUACCGAGCGCCUGCAGGCGAUCCACGUCGAGAUCACAGACAUGUCCGGCGGCUGCGGUCAAGCCUUCACCUCCACGAUUGUCUCCCCCGUCUUCGAGAAGCAAACCUCCCUUAAGCGCCACCGCCUCGUCAACGCCGCCCUCAAGGACGAGAUUGCGCAGAUUCACGCCUGGAGCGCAAAGUGCCAGACUCCCGCCGAGUGGGAGCGCGAUAGGGCCGCCGCCGGCGGGGCCAGCGAGGGCCCCCGAUGGACGGGACCGUUGGGGGAAGAGUCGAGGGCGUUGCUCAGUAGAUGGAAACUGAACAAGAAACACAAAGUGAGGUCUCCAAACCUUAAUUGCACUGGAAAAAAACGAACGGCACCCGUGCCUCGACAACUGUAA